GCCCAGUCCCCGACAGCCGUGCGCAGGCGCAUUGUUUCACCAUGUGGGCUCGGCGGUCUUCGGGCCCAGCUGAACGGUGACACGUAGCACCCUAGGCUACAAGACCCUGCUGCCAGCUCUGCAGCCUCCACCGUCUUGGUAUCGCCCUCCUCUCUCGGUCUUCCCCGCCAGCGCACUUCGCCAUGGGCAAGAGCCGGACGAAGCGCUUCAAGCGCCCUCAGUUCUCCCCUACAGGCGACUGUCAGGCCGAGGCGGCGGCGGCGAACGGGGUUGAGCCCGAGGAGGACGACGGGCCGGCAGCAGAGCUGCUAGAAAAGCUCCAGCACCCGAGCGCUGAGGUCCGCGAGUGCGCCUGCGCCGGGCUGGCCCGGCUGGUGCAGCAGCGGCCGGCGCUCCCCGGCCUGGCUCGACGGGACGCCGUGCGCCGCGUCGGGCCGCUGCUGCUUGACCCCAGCCUGGCGGUAAGGGAGACGGCUGCCGGCGCGCUGAGAAAUCUCAGUGCUUGUGGUGGUUUUGAAGUUUGUGACGACAUGGUGACCAAAGAUAUCAUGACUCCGCUGGUCGCGCUGCUGAAAGAGUGUAGUACUGGACUGGAUUCAAAUGAGAUGUCUCCACAGGAAAAAAAAGAUCAGAACAGAAAUUCUAUCGAAAACAUAGCCAACGAGGCCGUAAACGUGCUAUGGAAUAUAUGUGAAUGCAAUAGUAGAGCAGUGUCUAUAUUCAACAAAGAAGGGUGUUUGGAGAUUGUAUUAAAGUAUCUAAGUAGGUUUUCCACCAAUGUUGACCUGGCUAUUUCAGUAGCAUAUUGUUUGCAGACGGUGACUGAAGAUAAUCCAGAGCUACUAAAGUCUUUCAGUGCCCCAGCUUUGCAUGUUUUGGAAUCAGCAAUGCUUUCUCCGGUCAAUUCCACGGAAUAUAUUCUAUUAAAGACAUUGGUGGCAGGCACCAUUUGGAAUCUAAAGGACAUUAUUCCAUCCAAAAGUCAGGCUGAAAUCAUAAAUGCCAUACUAAAGAUCUUAUCGGAAGUUCUGGAAAUGGAUGCUGGUGAAACGGUCAUUCAGAUGAAGGAGGCCGAAGCGCACAGGUUAAAAACUGCAGCAGAGACGGAGGAGACGUCACAGAGCACUAACGGGGAUGACCUGAUUGAAGAUGAUGAAAUGGAAGAAAUUCCCCAUAAAAGGAAAGUCCGAAGGAAAACUUUCAUUUCAGAUUUACUUCCACCCACCGACAAGGAGCUGAGAGAGACCAUAGCCCUGCUGACAGCGCAGCAGACGGCUCUGGAAAUUAUUGUCAACAUGUGCUGCAGUGAAGACCCCACUGACGACGAAUGGGAAGAGCUUUCCAGCAGCGACGAAAGCGAUGCGUUCAUGGAGAGCUCCUUCAGCGAGUGCGGGGGGCAGCUGCUGUCUCCCCUCUGCCUCUCCCAUGAGGUGCACACCGCUCUCACCAACCACCUCAUCCCAAAGAAGAUUUUUGACAAAACUGCCUUUCCAAAUAGCGCUGCAGUUGACCUGUGUUCUAGGAACCCCACUUGGAAACCUUUGAUUAGAAAGAUGAGCACCAUCCAGUGCAGAGCCCUCGUGUGUCUCCAGAGCCUGGUGUCCCUCCUGGAUGUGGAGCAUCUGGGAGGACCUGCAGCCCUUCAGACACUUGCCCAGCACUUGUCACAACUGCUUUUUUCUCAACCAGAUUUUGCUAAGCAUGUUGACUUCUUAGAAGCCAUAAGUAGUGCCUUGAGGGCCCUUUUGCAAACAAUGGCCUCCCAGAACAUUCCUCAGUGCAUGACUCCUGACCAGCUGAUGACGCUCUGCACCGCGGGCAUCCAGAGCAGCAAUGUCGGGGUUCGAGUAAACAUGGUCAGUAUUUUGGGAAUCACCGGCAGCGUCCUCGCCAAAGAAGAUGGCACACUGGACACUCUGAAGACCAUCGGGUGCUUUCUGCUGGAGGUUGCCACCAAGGAUCCCUCCCUCGUCGUAGCAGGAGAGGCUUUGGAUGCCCUCUUCGAUGUCUUUGCAGAUGGUAAAGAAGCUGAAAGGGCCUCCGUUCAAAUUAGAUUGUUAGCUGCUCUGAAAGACUUCCAGCCGGUCUUCAAAAUGAAGAUACGGAAAGAAGGGAGAGCUAAAUACAGUCCAGAUCAGCUCUGUGUUCUUGACAACGUGAAGAUGAAUUUGAGAAGAUUUGUUGCUUAUCAAGAAACUGUUGAGAAAAGACUGACUACUUGAACCACUGAAAGAGACCAGUCCUUAACCCAAAGUGUUCAGGGAUGAAUAAUUGUAGUGGGUUUCCUUUCAGUGUGUGCAUUUCUGAAAGUCACUUUUUUUUUUUUUUUUGGUCUCUUCCUUUUUUUAGGGCCUCACCUGGGGCACGUGAAAGUUCCCAGGUUAGGGUUUGAAUUGGCACUGUGGCUGCUGGCCUCCACCACAGCUGCAGCAACACAGGAUCCAAGCCACAUCUGUGACCUGCACCACAGCUCAUAGCAAGGCUGGAUCCUUAACCCACUGCAUGAGGCCAGGAAUCAAACCCAUGUUUUCUUGAAUACUAGUCGGGUUCUUAACCUGCCGUGCCAUAACAGGAACUCCUGAAAGUUCUAUUUUUAAUGCUUGUAUUGUGUACAUUAAUUUGAAGUUCAUAAAAACUCUAAAACUGGUCAGCAACUCUUUUUUAAGCUCCGGGAUCUGUGUGGCAUUUCUAGUGCUCACUAAAACCUUUCCAGCAUGUUUUAACCAGUGGAAACCUGAAGUGGGGAAGAGUAGAAACACAGUCUCAGGUGGUUGUGCGUGAGCAGUGAAGACACUUCCAAACAAUCAUGUUUGCCUUGAAUUUUGCAAAAGAAGAAAAAUCCAAAGCGUUUCUUGGAUCUUCUUUGAAGCCUGUAUCAUUUUGAAUUUUUAACUGAAAUAUGAAGACAAGCUUUAUGAAUUUAUUUUGGUAUGAAGUGUAUCAAUGAUGCCUACCUUUUGUGAAGGGGGGCAAUGUUCCAGAGUACCCACUGUGGUGCAGUGGGUUAAGGAUCCGGCAUGGCCACAGCUGCGGCAUAGGUCGAAGCUGUGACUCAGAUUUGAUUCCUGGCCUGGGAACGUCUAUAUGCUGCGGGUGCAGCAAAAAAACAAAAAACAAAAAAAGGGGGAAUGUUCCACUAUUGGUGUUGCAUUAGUUUGCAGAUUACACUGCUAACUAAUGAGCUGACGUGGUCCUUGUCAUCCUCCAUACAAGCGGUCUGAUCAGUUAUUGCUUUGUAACAUCACUCAUGAUUUAAUUUGAUAUGAAAUCAGAAUUAGAAUAAAAUGGUUUUCAAUAGCUUUUUACUUGAAAGCUCUGUGUAUUGGAAAAAUCUUUUUUAAAAUUCAGAGAACCCUAUUCCUGAGUGUUUGCUUGCUAAUGGAUUUUUUUUUUUUUUUUUUUUUUUUUUUUUGUAGGGCCGUACCUGCUGUGUAUAGAAGUUCCUAGACUAGGGGUUGAAUUGGAGCUGCAGCUGCCAGCCUACACCACAGCCACAGCCACUCGGGACCCAGGCCGUGUCUGUGACCUACACCACAGCUCACAGCAACGCCAUAUCCUUAACCCACUAAGCGAGGCCAGGGAUCGAACUCUCGUCCUCAUGAAUACUAGUCGGAUUUGUUACCGCUGAGCCAUGGCAGGAACUCCUUGCUAAUGGAUCUUGCUUUGAAUAUAUGCGUGAUAUUAAAAAUAAGACUUGGAGUUCCGCUGUGGCUCAGUGGGAUUGGCGGCGUCUUUGGAGUGGUGAGACUUAGGUUUGAUCCCCUGGCCUGGCACAGUGGGUCAAGUAUCUGGCUUUGUUCUAGCUGCAGCCUAGGUCACAGCUUUGGCUCAAAUCUGAUCCCUGGCCCGGGAACUCCAUCUGCAGUGGGUUGGCCAAAAAAGAAAGAAAGUAAAAAUAAAAACAAGACUCCAGCAUUCCUGUCCAUGUCCUCGAAGUAACAGGGUGACAGGUGGAGCAAAGGGAAGGCGUUUUGGGUCCUAUCAGUGUCGGAGGGAGGGAGGGCCCCAGACCAGGACUAGUCUCUUGCCUGUCCGUUUGUCUAAUAUGAGGAGUUGGUGGAGAUUUGAAAAUUUCCCCACCAUUGAUCUCAUUUGACCUGUUAAAAAGGCCAAUACCCAGUAUAGUUCUUAACUCUUUAGUUUAGUUAACAUCCAUUACCUCAUAUAGUUACUUUUUUCUCCCUGGUGAUAAGAACCCUUAGAAUCUACUCUCUCAGCAACUUUCAAAUAUGCAAUACAGUGUUCCUAGCUGUCGUCAGCAUGCUGUCACAUGUCCAAUAAUGUAUUUUAUAAUUGCAAGUUUGUCCCUUUGGACAGCCCUCACUCAUUUCACUUGCCCUCCUCCCCCACCCCCGCCUCUGGCAACUAACCAUCUGUUCUAUAUAUGAGUUUGGCUUUUUGUUUGUUUGUGAUAGAUUCCACACGUAAGUGAGAUCAUACAUUAUUUGUUUUUCUCUGAUUUAUUUCACUUAGCAUAAUGCCCUCAGGGUCUAUGCACGUUGUCACAAGUGGCAGGAUGUCCUUCUUUUUAUGGUUGAGGAAUAUUCCAUUGUCUAUCUCUUUCUUUUUCGUUUUCUUUUGGCCACACCUGUGGCAUGCGGACAUUGAUCCCGGGACCAGGGAUGAAACCAGCACUCCAUCAGCAACCCAAGCCACAGCAGUGACAAUGCCAGAUCUUUAACCCACUCAGCCACCAGGGUACUUCCUACGCUAUCUCUUCUUUAUCUGUAAUACAUCAUACGUCACUGGAGAUUUAGGUUGUUUCCAUGUCUUGGCUACUGUGAAUAAUGCUGCAAUAAACGUGAGGUACA